UCCAACAUUGAAGUGCUGGAGCACAACAAAAUGUGCAUGCAGCAGACGCUUGAAGUCAAUAAUUUUUGCUCACUGACUGAUACCCGUCAAUUUCGUUGAAAGCUGGAUAAUAAUUUUGCAUCAAACAAAUGGGGUCAUGCAAACUUCUGGAGAAUAUGAACAUGACAUUUGGGAAGUGAUUUGCAGACAUAAUAUCAAGUUUGUACGGAAUGGGUUCCUUUGCAUAACCUCGUUUCAGUUUAUGCAUCAGACAAAAUAACAUACAAAAGCUCAAAUGGAGACAUUUACAUUGCAUGAUAUGCUCAAAAACUCCACUAAUCUUUAUAAGAUAUUAUGUGACUUUGGAAUCAAGAAUGUGUCGGAGUGCGACGAUGAAAGCCAGACGCUGCCGGAACCGAAAGAUUUGAACCAGACGGUGCGCAUCUUCCUCUACUGCCUCAUCUUCCUGGUCAGCGUGCUGGGUAACAGCCUGAUCAUCGCUGUGCUGGUGAGGAACCGCCACAUGCGCACAGUCACCAACCUGUUCCUGCUCUCCCUGGCCGCCAGCGACCUGAUGCUCUGCCUCUUCUGCAUGCCCUUCACCCUCAUCCCCAACCUCAUGAGGGACUUUGUGUUCGGCUCGGGCAUCUGCAAGGUGGCCAUGUACUUCAUGGGUAUCUCGGUGAGUGUCUCUACCUUCAACCUGGUGGCCAUUUCUCUGGAGCGCUACAGUGCAAUCUGCAACCCCUUGACCUCCCGUACCUGGCAAACCAAGUCCCACGCUGCCAAGGUCAUCUCUGCCACCUGGGUGGUGAGCUUCCUGCUCAUGCUGCCCUACCCCAUCUCCAGCACUCUGGUGCCCUUCACCCGGGUCAACAACAGCACAGGCAACAUGUGCCGCCUGGUCUGGCCCAGUGAUGUCAUCCAGCAGUCCUGGUACGUGUCCCUGCUGCUGCUCCUCUUCCUGGUCCCUGGGGUCGUGAUGAUGACAGCCUACGGGCUCAUCUCCCUUGAGCUCUACAGGGGAAUUAAGUUUGAGAUGACCAACAGGAAGUCCAGCAGAGACAGACAGUGCAGCACGGGCAGCAUCAAACCCGGCGACAACGACGGCUGCUACCUCCAGCCUGCCAAGAAGGGCGAGUUUGCCCACCUCCAGAGCCCUCUGUCGACCCACAGCCCUAACGUGACCAUCAAAAUCAGAGGCAGCACGGGCAGCGCUAAGUCCACGCUGAGCCGUGUGUGCAGCAACAGCUCCACCUCUAACCUGAUGGCUAAGAAGCGCGUGAUCCGCAUGCUCCUGGUCAUCGUCUGUCUCUUCUUGCUUUGCUGGACACCCGUGUUUGCAGCUAAUGCCUGGAGGGCCUUCGACCGCCGCUCUGCCGACAAGCUCCUCUCGGGGGCGCCGAUAUCCUUCAUCCACCUGUUGUCGUACACCUCGGCUUGUGUCAAUCCCAUUAUAUACUGCUUCAUGAAUAACCGUUUCCGCCAAGGGAUUCUGUCCACCUUCACCUGCUGUAGCUGCCCCAAGGGCGGUGGGGUCAGGAGGGGGGCUGGGAGUAGGAUCGGGACGGGGACGAGGAGAGGGGGAGGAAGAGGAGGGAUGAGGAGCGGGGAGAACGGGCACACGCCAUCCAGUGGUAAUAGCACGCGCUUCACAUACAGUAGUAUCCGUGGCUCCGUUCAGGCUUAGCUUCCUUUGCCAUCAUCGACCAGUCAGAAGUAGGUAGUGGUCAUGAAGGCGGGGUGGCCUGUCCAAAGUGUGCCCCCCACCCCCACCCACUGUACCAUGAGAUUUUGGUCUCUGUUAAGGUCAUGCCUUCUUUCCACUUCAAAGUCCCCGUGCCUGUAAGAGUGGACAUGUACGCUGAGUAUACAAACCAUUAGGAACACCUGCCUUUUCCAUAACCCAGGUGAAAGCUAUGAUCCCUUAUUCAAUGUCACCUGUUAAAUCUACUCCAAUCAGUGUAGAUGAAGUGGAAAAGGCAGGUUAAAGAAUCAUUUUUAAGCCUUGAGACAUGGAUUGUGGCUGUAUCACAUCCGGCCGUGAUUCGGAGUCCAUAGGGCGGCGCAUAAUUGGCUGAGCGUCCUCCGGGUUUGGAAGGGUUAGGCCGUCAUUGUAAAUAAGAAUUUGUUCUUAACUGACUUGCCUAGUUAAAUAAAAGGUUACAGUCCUUUGAAUGGGGCAUGGUAGUAUGGUAGUUUCAUGCUCAACAGUUUCCCUUGUGUAUCAAGACUGGUCCACGACUAAAAGGACAUCCAGCCAACUUCACACAACUGUGGAAAGAAUCCCUUGGGAACGCUUUCGACACCUUGUAGAGUCCAUGCCCAGACGAAUUGACGAACUGUCCUGUGGGUGCAUGGGUGCAACCCAAUAUUAGGAAGGUUAUCCUCAUGUUUUUUUACACCCCGUGUAUGUAUUGAGAGGAUCCCAGUGAAAGAGUCGAUGAUAAUAUUGGCGCCAUUGCGAAGACAGGAUAAUCUAACCAUAGCAUGUUGACUUCAUGAAACUGAGAAAAUCAGCCAGAGUUUUUAACAAGGAGAUGAUGAUCUGAUUUUAAAAGAACUAACGGUAAACAAACUAUAAAAGACUGAGGAAUGGUGGCACCUCAUUAAAACUCUGACGUAUACAGUACCACCCUAUAUGCUGCAUUCACAGGGACCGUGAGAGAACAUGGCUAGGUCAUGUCUACGGCAAAGAGGUUUACAUUCAGUACCCCCCCCCCCCAUACCUCUGUGACCUCCCUUUACAGGCAGUGCAACAAAUGUGUAAACACUUCCUGACUUAAAUCACUGCCAUUCCAGGCAGUUGCGCAUUAUUUUGUGCCCUAGCCUUGUAGCACAGUGCCACGCUCUAAAACAAGUCAUUAGCGUACAUUGGCGUGUUUUCUCUUUCUUGACCCAGUCAGCGUGCUUUUUCAUCGUUGUGCCACAUGUAGUACUGUGGGUGACAUGACUCGUCGCCUUAUCGAGGUGUGGGACUGUGCACCUGUCUGUUCCCCUACUUCAAAGAGAUGUUUCCCGGCACUACCUGUCAAUCACACCCCACCUGGUCUCUGUUGACUUGGGUGUUUGUUUAUGCUUCUCAUGAGCUUCGUCUCCAAGAACCACUCGCCCUUGCGAGUACUAUACUGCAGCGCAAAUGUAACAUACUGUGUCGUUUUCUUUAUUACCUUGUUUUCCUGCAGCAUUAAGUCAAUUUUAAUUGUAUAGUUUUCGCAUUGCUCUCUAAAGUAAAUUGCUAUCAGACUUGCAUUGGAAUACAUCACCCGAAAAAGGAAAUUGAAUAUUCAAAGUAUAUACUGUCUGGUCGGGGGCCCUUUCAAGUCCCUGAGUAAGAAGGUGCAGAUGGAUUGCACUUGCUUACACUGCAAGGGCGAGUGGUUCUUGGAGACGAAGCUCAUGAGAAGCAUAAACAAACACUCACCUCUGAGCUGGUUCAGAGGCACAGGUUGUACAAACAAAUGCAGAGUGGUGUUACUUCACAGACGGACUAUUUGCUGUGCUUAAAAGGGGACAAUCUGCAGUUGCUCCAUCCAGUUUUAGACAUUUAAAUGAAUGAUACACCCAUUGAUUCUUGAAGAAUAUAACUUGUAGAUGCCUCACGAGCUGAGUUCGACUGUCGUACGCCAUCAGAACCCAAAAUAUAAACUUGUUUUGCUCCUUUGUUUGUAAACAAUGCAACUGUAAAAAAUAUAAUAAAAAAAACACUAUGGCCUCAAAAGCAUGGUUACAUUUCCCCAUCCCUGAGAUGUUUACCAAAUCAGUGGCGGGGUGUCUGCUUUGUUACUGUUCAAACUGCCUGUUUAAGUCAGCCCUUUAUGAGGAUAUUACCAUGUUUUUUUUUUUGCAUAAUUGAGGUCCUCGAACAUAAAAAUACAUAUAGUUAACGACACGUUUAAUUUCACACAUAAUUCUGUCACUUUUUAUUUCUUGAUUUUUGUAUGCCAAUAUUGCAAGUAAUUUUUUUUUUAAUGACAUGGAUUUGAGCAUGAACUGGAACUGCAAUAUGUACAAAAAACUGAAACAAACAGUCCCCUUGUUUUCACGUUAUUGCUAAAAUGUUACAAACUGCACAGGUUUCUACCAUCGGCAACCCUUUAAGCACUGAGUAUACUACCACACUGACA